AAGACGUAGAAAUUAUCAUCAGAUCAGAUCAGAUCAGAUCCUACGGGUAAAUGAAAUCCUUCUCAAAUGAAUCGUUUGGUCAACCGACAUAUUCCAACUAUAGGAAGGGGUAUCUGUUUGAUUCUAAACCUGAAGUAAGAGCCUUCUUCGAGAAACCACGACGCAGUUGGGUUGUUGAUGUUGAGGGAUUCGACACUUCGCUUCCUGAGGAUGAGAUCAGGGAAGCUUUGACCAAUCAUUUCUGGUUAUGUGGAGGAAUCGUUAAAGUUUUCCUUGACGACAAAGACCCUAAAACCGAUGUUCUCAACAGCCAUGCUACUAUUGUCAUGGUCGGAGAUGACGCUGCUGAGUAUGUGUUGGAACUUAAUGGAAGUGAACUGGGUGGAAGGAAACUAGUUGUUAAAGUCAAACGUUUCCCAGGUACAUAAAUUUGGAUCGGAGGACUAGAAAAGCUCGCUCGUUCGCUCUUUCAGAUCGUGUGUUCUACAAUAACAAUAUCUUAAUUUCUUUUAUUAUGUAUUUGUCUGGAGCUUAAUUUAAGCUCCCCAUAUGUAUAUGACAGUUUGUGUGUGGAUGUUUAAUUAAGCUCAAUAAUCAUUGAUUAGUAGUAGGUAGACAAAAAA